AUGCAUUUGGUGUGCACGAAUCCGUUCAAGACUAGGGCACGGGAAACAGGCGAUCUCGCGGCACAGCAUUGCUGGGUUUCCGGGUAUUACAACAAUGAAAACUUCGGGUUCUUGAUUUCUAUAUGUUCAUUGAUCCUGGUCUCUGCACUACUGUUGACAAGUGAAAUCAAGGUCGGCAUUGCCGACAAGACAUUCAGCAUUUCGGACUAUGGAGCAGUUGGCAAUGGGCUCAUUGAUGACUCUAUGGUAUCGGGAGAGAUCAUAGCACCGGCAGAUCCAGAUGCAUGGAAAGGGAAGGAUAAGGGGUUGACUUUCAAGAGCGUAGAUGGGCUCACCAUAAGUGGGCCGGGCUCGUUUGAUGCAAAUGGCCCGGCCUGGUGGAACAUCUCCUGCCAAUUGAGCCCCAAGCCUGCACCAGAAUGGAGCCCCAACACGGACGGAAUCCACAUUGGAGGUUCUCAUGGUGUCUCUGUUCGUGUUUCAAUUAUAGGCACCGGCGACGACUGCUUCUCAAUCAGCGAUCAGACCUCAAAUAUCAGUAUUUCUGACAUCAAGUGUGGACCUAGUCACGGCGUAAGCAUUGGAAGCUUGCGCAAGGAUGGAACUGAAGUAAGUGUGAGCAACAUCUGUGAAGACUUAUGA